GAGAGACCAGGUGUGGCACCAAGCAGCUAAGACUCUGCCCAGCCCUUGAGGAGCACCCAGUCCCGUGCCAGAGGCAGAUGAGAAAACCGGCGAUUCCCUUUCAGAGCCGGGCUGCAAAUCAGCCUGGGAGGGUGGCAUGGGGAGACCCAGAAAGGACAUUGCAAGCAGAGGAGGCAGCACAGGCAGAGGUCUGGCAAGUGUCUGUGUGGCUGAGGGCUCAGGCUCCUGGCCCCAUGAUGCACGCCUCUGCAGGACCUGAGCGUCUUGGCCAGAGGCCCCGGCCCGCCAUGCCACUGCCACGUCUGAGCCUGUGGGCGCUCCCACUGCUGCUGCUGCUGCUCGGAGGUGUGCCAGGGGCAGCAGGGGCACCCAGGGCCGGCGGGGGCCCGCAGCCCGCCUUCCGCACCUUCUCGGCCAGCGACUGGGGCCUGACCCACUUGGUGGUCCACGAGCAGACCGGCGAGGUGUACGUGGGUGCUGUGAACCGCAUCUACAAGCUGUCGGGGAAUCUGACGCUGCUGCGGGCCCACGUGACGGGGCCCGUGGAGGACAACGAGAAGUGCUACCCGCCCCCCAGCGUGCAGUCAUGCCCGCAUGGCCUGGGCAGCACCGACAACGUCAACAAGCUGCUGCUCCUGGACUACGCCGCCAACCGCCUGCUGGCCUGCGGCAGCGCCUCCCAAGGCAUCUGCCAGUUCCUGCGGCUGGACGACCUCUUCAAGCUGGGCGAGCCGCACCACCGCAAGGAGCACUACCUGUCCAGCGUGCGCGAGGCGGGCAGCAUGGCCGGCGUGUUGAUCGCGGGGCCGCCGGGCCAGGGCCAGGCCAAGCUCUUUGUGGGCACGCCCAUCGACGGCAAGUCCGAGUACUUCCCCACACUGUCCAGCCGCCGGCUCAUGGCCAAUGAGGAGGAUGCCGACAUGUUCGGCUUCGUGUACCAGGACGAGUUCGUGUCGUCGCAGCUCAAGAUCCCCUCGGACACGCUGUCCAAGUUCCCGGCCUUCGACAUCUACUACGUGUAUAGCUUCCGCAGCGAGCAGUUCGUCUACUACCUCACGCUGCAGCUAGACACGCAGCUCACCUCGCCCGAUGCUGCCGGGGAGCACUUCUUCACCUCCAAGAUUGUGCGGCUGUGCGUGGACGACCCCAAGUUCUACUCCUACGUCGAGUUCCCCAUUGGCUGCGAGCAGGCGGGCGUGGAGUACCGCCUGGUGCAGGAUGCCUACCUGAGCCGGCCCGGCCGCGCCCUGGCCCGCCAGCUGGGCCUGGCUGAGGAUGAGGAUGUGCUGUUCACCGUGUUCGCGCAGGGCCAGAAGAACCGCGUGAAGCCUCCCAAGGAGUCCGUGCUGUGUCUGUUCACGCUGCGGGCCAUCAAGGAGAAGAUCAAGGAGCGCAUCCAGUCCUGCUACCGCGGCGAGGGCAAGCUCUCACUGCCCUGGCUGCUCAACAAAGAGCUGGGCUGCAUCAACUCGCCACUGCAGAUCGACGAUGAUUUCUGUGGCCAGGACUUCAACCAGCCUCUGGGGGGCACAGUCACUAUCGAGGGCACUCCUCUGUUCGUGGACAAGGAUGAUGGCCUGACUGCUGUGGCAGCCUACGACUACCGGGGCCGCACUGUGGUGUUCGCCGGCACGCGCAGCGGCCGCAUCCGCAAGAUCCUGGUGGACCUGGCAAACCCUGGUGGCCGGCCAGCCCUGGCCUAUGAGAGCGUGGUGGCCCAGGAGAGCAGCCCCAUCCUGCGGGACCUGGUCCUCAGCCCUGACCGCCAGUACCUGUAUGCGAUGACAGAAAAGCAGGUGACCCGGGUGCCCGUGGAGAGCUGUGUGCAGUAUACAUCAUGCGAGCUGUGCCUGGGAUCACGGGACCCCCACUGCGGCUGGUGUGUCCUGCACAGCAUUUGCUCCCGGCAGGAUGCCUGCGAGCGGGCCGACGAGCCCCAGCGCUUCGCCUCAGACCUGCUGCAGUGCGUGCAGCUGACGGUGCAGCCUCGCAACGUGUCGGUCACCAUGUCUCAGGUUCCGCUCGUGCUGCAGGCCUGGAAUGUGCCUGACCUCUCGGCCGGCGUCAACUGCUCCUUCGAGGACUUCACCGAGUCUGAGAGCAUCCUGGAGGAUGGUCGGAUCCAUUGCCGCUCACCCUCUGCACGGGAGGUGGCCCCCAUCACGCGAGGUCAGGGAGACCAGCGGGUGGUCAAGCUUUACCUGAAGUCCAAGGAGACAGGCAAGAAGUUCGCGUCCGUGGACUUUGUCUUCUACAACUGCAGCGUCCACCAGUCCUGCCUAUCCUGUGUCAACGGCUCCUUCCCCUGCCACUGGUGCAAAUACCGCCAUGUGUGCACACACAACGCCGCCGACUGUGCCUUUCUAGAGGGCCGUGUCAACGUGUCUGAGGAGUGCCCGCAGAUCCUGCCUUCCACCCAGAUUUACGUGCCAGUGGGUGUGGUGAAGCCCAUCACCCUGGCCGCUCGCAACUUGCCGCAGCCUCAGUCGGGCCAGCGUGGCUACGAGUGCCUCUUCCACAUCCCGGGAAGCCCAGCGCGCGUCACUGCCCUGCGCUUCAACAGCUCCAGCCUGCAGUGCCAGAACUCCUCGUAUUCCUACGAGGGCAAUGAUGUCAGCGACCUGCCCGUGAACCUGUCGGUGGUGUGGAAUGGCCACUUCGUCAUUGACAACCCUCAGAACAUCCAGGCCCACCUGUACAAGUGUCCUGCCCUGCGAGAGAGCUGUGGCCUCUGCCUCAAGGCCGACCCACGCUUCGAGUGCGGCUGGUGCGUGGCGGAGCGCCGUUGCUCUCUGCGUCCCCACUGCCCCGCCGACUCGCCUGCCGCCUGGAUGCAUGCCCGUCACGGCAGCAGCCGCUGCACCGACCCCAAGAUCCUUAAGCUGUUCCCUGAGACGGGCCCGCGGCAGGGAGGCACGCGGCUCACCAUCACGGGCGAGAACUUGGGCCUGCGCUUUGAGGACGUGCGGCUGGGCGUGCGUGUGGGCAAGGUGCUGUGCAGCCCUGUGGAGAGCGAGUACAUCAGUGCUGAGCAGAUCGUCUGUGAGAUUGGGGAUGCCAGCACCGUGCGGGCUCACGAUGCCCUGGUGGAAGUGUGUGUGCGAGACUGUUCCCCCCACUACCGGGCCUUGUCCCCCAAGCGCUUCACCUUUGUGACUCCAACCUUCUACCGGGUGAGCCCUGCAAGAGGGCCUCUUUCAGGGGGCACCUGGAUUGGCAUCGAGGGCAGCCACCUGAAUGCGGGCAGUGACGUCGCUGUGUCUGUUGGCGGCCGGCCCUGCUCUUUCUCCUGGAGGAAUUCCAGAGAGAUCCGGUGUCUGACACCCCCUGGGCAGAGCCCCGGCAGUGCCCCCAUCGUCAUCAACAUCAACCGCGCUCAGCUCACCAACCCGGAGGUGAAGUACAACUACACAGAGGACCCCACCAUCCUCAAGAUCGACCCAGAGUGGAGCAUCAACAGCGGAGGGACCCUCCUAACGGUCACAGGCACCAACCUGGCCACUGUCCGCGAACCCCGCAUCAGAGCCAAAUAUGGAGGCGUCGAGAGGGAGAACAGCUGCCUGGUGUACAACGACACCACCAUGGUGUGCCGGGCCCCGUCGGUGGACAACCCCACGCGCAGCCCUCCAGAGCUGGGGGAGCGGCCCGACGAGCUGGGCUUCGUCAUGGAUGACGUACGCGCCCUGCUGGUUCUCAACGCCUCCUCUUUCCUCUAUUACCCGGACCCUGUGCUGGAGCCACUCAGCCCCACGGGCCUCCUGGAGCUGAAGCCCAGCUCUCCGCUCAUCCUCAAGGGCCGGAACCUCCUGCCGCCUGCGCCCGGCAACUCGCGGCUCAACUACACGGUGCUCAUCGGCUCCACACCCUGUGCCCUCACUGUGUCAGAGACCCAGCUGCUGUGCGAGUCACCCAACCUCACAGGGCAACACAAGGUCACGGUCCGGGCUGGUGGCUUCGAGUUCUCGCCAGGGAUGCUACAGGUAUACUCGGACAGUCUGCUGACCCUACCUGCCAUCGUUGGCAUUGGCGGGGGCGGGGGCCUCCUGCUGCUGGUCAUCGUCGCUGUGCUCAUUGCCUAUAAGCGCAAGUCUCGGGACGCUGACCGUACCCUCAAGCGGCUGCAGCUACAGAUGGACAACCUGGAGUCCCGAGUGGCCCUGGAGUGCAAGGAAGCCUUUGCGGAGCUGCAGACAGACAUCCACGAGCUGACCAACGACCUGGAUGGUGCCGGCAUCCCGUUCCUUGACUACCGGACGUAUGCCAUGCGGGUGCUCUUCCCUGGGAUCGAGGACCAUCCAGUGCUCAAGGAGAUGGAGGUGCAGGCCAAUGUGGAGAAGUCGCUGACGCUGUUCGGGCAGCUGCUCACCAAGAAGCACUUCCUGCUGACCUUCAUACGCACGCUAGAGGCCCAGCGUAGUUUCUCCAUGCGGGACCGGGGCAAUGUGGCCUCGCUCAUCAUGACGGCCCUGCAGGGUGAGAUGGAGUACGCCACGGGGGUGCUCAAGCAGCUUCUGUCCGACCUCAUUGAGAAGAACCUAGAGAGCAAGAACCACCCCAAGCUGCUGCUGCGGCGGACUGAGUCAGUGGCGGAGAAGAUGCUGACCAACUGGUUCACCUUCCUUUUGUAUAAAUUCCUGAAGGAGUGCGCGGGGGAGCCGCUCUUCAUGCUCUACUGCGCCAUCAAGCAGCAGAUGGAGAAGGGCCCCAUCGAUGCCAUCACGGGCGAGGCCCGCUACUCCCUGAGCGAGGACAAGCUCAUCCGGCAGCAGAUCGACUACAAGACCCUGACCCUGAACUGUGUGAACCCCGAGAACGAGAACGCACCCGAGGUGCCGGUGAAGGGGCUGAACUGUGACACGGUGACUCAGGUCAAGGAGAAGCUGCUGGAUGCUGUGUACAAGGGCGUGCCCUACUCCCAGCGGCCAAAGGCUGGGGACAUGGACCUGGAGUGGCGCCAAGGCCGCAUGGCCCGCAUCAUCCUGCAAGAUGAGGAUGUCACCACCAAGAUCGACAACGACUGGAAGAGGCUGAACACACUGGCUCACUACCAGGUGACAGAUGGGUCCUCGGUGGCCCUGGUGCCCAAGCAGACAUCCGCCUACAAUAUUUCCAACUCGUCCACCUUUACCAAGUCUCUCAGCAGAUAUGAGAGCAUGCUGCGCACAGCCAGCAGCCCCGACAGCCUGCGCUCACGCACCCCCAUGAUCACGCCCGACCUGGAGAGUGGCACCAAGCUGUGGCACCUGGUGAAGAACCACGACCACCUGGAUCAGCGGGAGGGCGACCGAGGCAGCAAGAUGGUCUCAGAGAUCUACCUGACGCGGCUGCUGGCCACCAAAGGCACGCUCCAGAAGUUUGUGGAUGACCUAUUCGAGACCAUCUUCAGCACAGCGCACCGGGGCUCAGCCCUGCCGCUGGCUAUCAAGUACAUGUUCGACUUCCUGGACGAGCAGGCGGACCAGCACCAGAUCCACGACUCCGACGUGCGCCACACAUGGAAGAGCAACUGCUUGCCUCUGCGCUUCUGGGUGAACGUGAUCAAGAACCCUCAGUUCGUGUUCGACAUCCACAAGAGCAGCAUCACAGACGCCUGUUUGUCCGUGGUGGCCCAGACCUUCAUGGACUCCUGCUCCACGUCUGAGCACAAGCUGGGCAAGGACUCGCCCUCCAACAAACUGCUCUACGCCAAGGACAUCCCCAACUACAAGAGCUGGGUGGAGAGGUACUACGCAGACAUUGCCAAGAUGCCCGCCAUCAGCGACCAGGACAUGAGCGCCUACCUGGCGGAGCAGUCACGGCUGCACCUGAGCCAAUUCAACAGCAUGAGCGCCUUACACGAGAUCUACUCCUACAUCACCAAGUACAAGGAUGAGAUCCUGACAGCCCUGGAGAAGGACGAGCAGGCACGGCGGCAGCGGCUCCGGAGCAAGCUGGAGCAGGUGGUGGACACGAUGGCCCUGAGCAGCUGAGACCCUUGGCCGUCACCGCCCAGCGGGAGUUGAGCAAGAGGGCCCGCAUGGGUGGCCUCUGUCUGGCAGCCAGAGCUGGGAGGCCUCGGAGGCAGCCUCGCCCUCAACUGUGCCUAUGCCAGGGCGCUCGGGGCCGGGCAUGUGGUCCAGCAUCCUCCUGGCCCUCCACCUCCUCUUCCUGCCUGGCGAGGGCCCCGACUCUUCGUGGUGUGGGUGACCGUGCCUACAGCACCUCCCGUGCCCAGAGCUGCUCACCACAGGGCGGGUGGGGGGAGCCCCAGUGUGACCAGGGACUUCUUGGGAGGAGAGGGUGACCACCAAGGACCUGGGGGUAUGGCUGGAGCCCUCUGGGAAGGGGGUAGCCGGCCUGGUCCAUCUCCUUGAGGCUGUGCUGCUGAGGUCAGAAGGGCCAGGACGAGGGGUAAGGAGGGCACCCGCCGUUCCUGGCGUCUUGCGUGGAGUGGGAGGCCCGGGCCCCGGAUGGCAUCCCCGGGGGGAAGCCGAAUGCCGGGGGCCCGGCCAAGAGGAGCUGAAGUCGUCCACCUGCCGCCGCCCACCUGCUGCGUCUGGCACCCCCAACGCUCGCUGCUGCACCACCGCCACCGUCCUCCCAAUUCACCGCGUGCUCGCCGCGGCCGAGGCCGGAGCGCCACGUCAACCUCGCCCAGACAGGCCCCAGCUCCCUCCUAUGGAGGGGCUGCAGAACGGCUCGCUCAGCGCCCCCACGUGACUUCCAGAAGGACUCGGUGACUCCUCUCCUGUCCUCAGGGCUGUGCCUCUGGGAGCCACUGGGGCCUGGGGCUCCGGGCCAUGAGCGCACGUUCCCAUUAUUUAUUCCCCUGCAACGCCGCUCCUGGCACCAGCCCCUGGGUGGGCUGUGCUCUCCCCGGCUGAGUGGGGCUUGGGAGCAGCCCCCGGCCACCCUUCUCCCUCAUACCCCUCUGUGUCCCCUGCUCUCCAUGCCCACCUUCAGCGGCUUCCAGUCCAGCAUCUCUGCCGUGCCCCUCACGGGCGGCGGGACAUCUGGGGGACUUGUUUUGGGUUUUUUUUUAGGGGAACUCUCUGGGUGGGCACUCGGGGCUGUGGCAGGGCCCCUGGGAGUAGGACACAGUGACCAGAGGGCCUGGAGGUCGGCUCUGCCCAUCUGGCCCUCAGUGAGCAAGAAAGAACACAUUUUUAAUUAAAAGAACUCUGUACAUGUAUAUAUAUAUACACAUAUAUAUAUAUGUGGCUCUAGCCUCAGUCUCCAGCCCCAGUGGGGUCCUGUACAGUUAACUGGAGGAGGAGAAAUUUUAUGAUGUAGAAUAAGGAAGUUGAGGCAGUGGGAAAGCAAUACCAAAUGGUCGUGGAAGUGGCCAGGGCCUCCCUGAGUGGCGCCCCCAAGGCCUCUGCCGCCCGACCUGCGGGCCACCCUGUUUUCGUUGUGACGUACAGAGGAGAGAACUCGCCGGCCCCUCGAGCGUCCAGGGCCGGGGCCGUGGAUUCCUGCAUGACCGUGCUAGCGUUUAGUCUGACUUGAACUUUUUAAAACUGCAAGUGUUGAAUACUAGAGGUUGUUAGACCCCGUUUUUUAUGUUUUUUUUAAUUAAUCAGUCACUUGUGAGCGCAAACAAGCGGCCUGACCCCUUUUCAUGUUCACUUUUUUGACGGUACUCAAGAUUCCCAUGGACUUUAAGGGACAGCUAACUGUGGCCAGCCCUGCGCCCACGGGCUGCCCGUCUUGGGGUCCCCCCUCCUAAGCAGCGUGAGCCACACACUGGAGAUGAGGUCAAGGGCCACUUCCUUCCGUGGGGGAGCUCCAUGAAGGCUGAGCGCUCCUGGUGCAGGAAGCUAAUGGAACAGGCCAGACGGGGUAACAUGGGCACCGGGCAGGGCUCGGGCCUCCCGCUGCAGUGUGUGCCCUGCUGGAGCUCAGGCAAGCCCCCUGCCCCAACGCAGCCCCUGUGGACUCGUCCCUGGGCAGCCGAGUUGAGGCUGGUCUGGCUGGAGAUCUGGCUGUCUUUUGGUAGCCGCUCGCCUUGGCCUAGAUUCUCGUCCCCGGGUGCACUCCUGCCUCCCCUCUGAUGUUGCCUGGCUGUGCCUGGGGCCAAGCCUCCGUUCCCCUCCCCCCGGAAAGUCUUCCCAGGGUGCCGGCUUCUAUGCGAAGCCCCCGUUCUUCCAGUUCCGUGAGGGUCAGGUUGGGGCUCCUCAGCCCCUGUAUCCCUCCUGUUCAGAAUCCAGUUCUGACCCCUUCCUCUGCCCUCCCUGGUCCCCGCAGAGCCGAGCGCUUGUGCCUGCCUCUGUGAGGUGACAGGUUCAAGGGUGGGGCCCUCCCUGUGCCCUUGUCACCUGGACGGUGGGCAGGCAGGGCAGUGGUAACAGAGGGAGGCCAAGCACUUUAGCAGUACCUGUUUACAUGCGAGCCCAUGGAGCUGGUCCCCAGCCUGCCUCACCCCUGCAGCAGGUCCCAUGCCGGCCUUCCUGCUGGUACAUGCUGUUAGGCCCUGCCUCUUCCUCAUCACUACUUCCCACGGCCCUCCCAACUCUGCAGCACCCUGCCGGCCCCUCUGCGUGUCCCUCUGGCAAGGGCUCUCACUCCAGGCUCCGGCACUGGCACGGGGGCCUGGCAGGGGCCUGGAAUUGAAGCCCUGCUCUGCGCAACGAGGGUGGGCGCCGUUGCCUGGAAGGCCCCUCUGCUGCCCCAGGGCUCGGGGGAUCCAGGCCUCAGUGUGGGAAGCAAGGGCUCCUAGCCUGUCCCAGACACUGCUGCUGUUGCCUGCUGCAGGCCACGCCUAUCCACCCCCCUACCUGGCCUUCCCUGUGCUUCCCUGCCCUUCCCCGAUCCACAGGGUCUCAGGAGUGCCCCCAGACGACUUACACCUCCGUCUGGGAGCCUGGUCUCUCCAUAUACCUCGAGCUUGCCCUUUACUCCCCAACCCAGGGCCUGAGGGGCUGGGACUGGGGGCUGUGGAAGAGGGACCUGGGGGGCCCAGAUGGAUGGCCCCAAACCUCCCUCCUGCCCUCCCUGAUUUGGCCUUGCUCAGAGUACCCCCACCCCAGUUCCCCAGUUCUGGAUCUGAUGGCUCAUGUCGUUGGUGCUACACAAGCUAGAAUAGAUAUAUUUAGAGAGAAAGAAAGAUAUUUUUAAGACGAAGCCCACAAUUAGCUGUCCUUUAACACCACAGAGCCCCCACCCAAAAGAAAAGUGAUCACUUGGUGGGCCGGAGCUGCCCGCCCAGCUAUCGCUGUCCUGCAGGAGCAGCGUGGCUGGCGGGGCGGUCGCCCGCGGAUUGUGUAAAUAUACGGCUAUUUCCUAUUUUACUGUUCUUCAGAUUUAGUACUUGUAAAUACACACACACAUUAAGGAGAGAUUAAACAUUUUUGCUAAA